CAGCGGCGUACUGUCGGGUCCCUGGCCUCUCCGGGGCCGCCAGGCUUAAGUGCGCUGAGGACGCGCAUGGCGGCGGUGGGGCCGCGGACGGGCCCGGGUUCCGGGGCCGAGGCCCUGGCACUGGCGGCAGAGCUGCAGGGCGAGGCGACGUGUUCCAUCUGCCUGGAGCUCUUCCGAGAGCCGGUGUCCGUCGAGUGCGGCCACAGCUUCUGCCGCUCCUGCAUCGCGCGCUGUUGGGAGCGCCCGGGCGCGGGGCCCGCCGCCGUCCCCCGUUUGCUGCCUUGCCCGCUUCCCUGCCCGCAGUGCCGCGAGCCCGCACGCCCGAGCCAGCUGCGGCCCAACCGGCAGCUGGCCGCGGUGGCGGCACUGCUGCGGCGCUUCAGCCUGCCCGCCGCUGCACCGGGGGAGCGCGGGCCCCCGGAGACGGCAGCGGCCGGGUGCGCGCAGCACGGCGAGCCGCUCAAGCUCUACUGCCAGGACGACGAACGCGCCAUAUGUGUGGUGUGCGACCGCGCCCGCGAGCACCGCGAGCACGCCGUGGUACCGCUCGAUGAGGCUGUGCAGGAGGCUAAGGAGCUCCUGGAGUCCAGGCUGAAGGUCUUGAAGAAUGAUCUGGAGGACUAUGAGAUGUUUCGUUCCACCGAAGAAAAGGAGAGCAAGGAGCUCUUGAAGCAGAUGGCAGCUGAGCGAGAGAAGGUGGGGGCAGAGUUUCAGGCACUGCGGGCCUUCCUGGUGGAGCAGGAGGGCCGGCUUAUGGGCCGCCUGGAGGAGCUGUCCCGGGAGGUGACACAGAAGCAGAACGAGAACCUGGCCCAGCUUGGGGGCGAGAUCACCCAGCUAUCCAAGCUCAGCAGCCAGAUCGAGGAGACAGCUCGCAAGCCUGACCUUGACUUUCUCCAGGAAUUCAAAAAUGCGCUAAGCAGGUGCAGCAAUGUGCCUGCCCCCAAGCCAAGCACAGUCUCUUCUGAGAUGAAGAGUAAAGUCUGGAAUGUUUCCCUCAAGACCUUUGUCUUAAAGGGGCUGCUCAAGAAGUUCAAAGAGGAUCUUCGUGAAGAGCUGGAGAAAGAGGAGAAAGUGGAGUUGACCUUGGACCCUGACACUGCCAAUCCCCGCCUCAUCCUCUCUCUGGAUCUUAAGAGUGUGCGCCUUGGACAGCGGGCCCAGGACCUGCCCAGCCACCCACGUCGUUUCGAUACCAACACCCGAGUCCUGGCGUCCUGCGGCUUCUCCUCCGGGCGGCACCACUGGGAAGUGGAAGUGGGCUCCCAGGACGGCUGGGCCUUCGGCGUGGCCCGCGAGAGUGUGCGCCGCAAGGGCCUCACGCCCUUCACUCCCGAGGAGGGCGUCUGGGCGCUGCAGCUCAAUGGUGGGCAGUACUGGGCUGUGACCAGCCCUGAGCGGACACCCCUCAGCUGCGGCCACCUGUCCCGCGUGAGGGUGGCGCUGGACCUAGAGGUGGGGGCCGUGUCCUUCUACGCCGUGGAGGACAUGCGCCACCUCUACACCUUCCGCGUCAACUUCCAAGAGCGCGUGUUCCCCCUUUUCUCUGUCUGCUCCACUGGCACCUACUUGCGGAUCUGGCCUUGAGGGACAUUGCCGGCCUCCCAGAAAAGGGGUGGUCAGUGGAGGGUGAACGCCUUCUCCUGGCUGCCCUUGGGAAGGGACAUUGUUCUCCGUGGGAGCCGCCCGGUCACCUUGGGUCUGCCCUUCAUUCUCCUGCCGCAGGCUGCCGCCUUAGGGAGGCUUCUGGAGACCCAGCACCAGAGGCAUGAGACUGCGCAAGGUGGCAAAGGGGCUGUGUUCAACCGAGCACAGGACCGGAUGCUUUGGACCCCAGGCCUGUUCCCUACCUGUUGCUUCUGGCACGCAGAUUUGGCACCAGCUGUGAGGAGGUGGAGGCCUAUGAGGACUCGAGCCCCGAUGUUGACAGGGGUGCCUUUUCGUGAUGGCUUACUGCCCAGACUCAGCAGGGCUUCUUGCUCCCUGAACAGCACCAAACUCUGGUCCUGUGCUGUCCUCACUUCCAAGGGGAAUGUUUGGGGCCAGGCCAAGCAGGUUCAUGAUCACUUCUGUUUCGCCUUCCUGUCAGCUGCCAGCUCUGCCUUCAGAGACCUGAAUCCAGCUGGCCUGACCAAAUUGUCCACUCAGGGAGAGGCCUCCCAGCUCUGAGGACAGUCUGGGCCAGGGCUGGAGGGAGACCCUUGACCUGUGCAUGAGGGAAAAGCCCCAGACAACAGUCUGUAGGCAUGGCUACCCUCUAACACCCCUAAACCGAUGAUACAGAGUGAUAUGUAUGUCCUCAGCCACAGUUACAGCCACGUGUUCUCACAGAUACCUAAAUCUCUGUCAAGUGCCAAAAUACAGUCUUUCUGGGUAAGGAGACCAAAGGUUCUGGAAUUUUGAAACACAAGAGAGCACUUACAAUUUUACAGAUGUAACUAACACAAGCAUGGAAAUGCAGAGCACAAACAUGUCCCUGACAGAUUCAUUCUGGAACUUGCCAAAUGUAUGCUAACAGCAGAGGACUCUGGUGCCCAGGCAGGCCAGUUUAGCCUGUGCCCUGAUGGAUGUUAUCACUUUGGCUAAUUGUUCACCAGCCUCUUUCAGGCUGGGCUUCUGGGAGGGUGGUGGUACACACUUCCUUGCUUAUUGCUCCUCAGGGAAGGGAUAUGGCGCUGGAAAUACAGACUUUGAGCUCAUUUAUACAGUGGCUAGAUCCUUCUUGACUUUCCCAGUCUGAGUGCAAGAGCAGGGAGUUCUGCCAGAUGGGGUGAGCAUAUGUGCUUCUGUGUGUGAGAAAUGUGCACGCAUGUGUUUAUGUCAGACUGUGGGGGCAGAGGGGUGUGUGGAUCUUGGAGAGGACAUGUACAGGCACAUGCAU